AGUGCUGCGCUCGAGGCGCUGCGGGCAGAUCUCGCGUGAUUUGGUUUCGAGCCCGGGGUGCCCGAGCGGGAGCUGCGCCUGAGGCGCGGAGGCUGCCGGGAGCAAGGUUGGCCCGGGGGGCGGCUGAGGCGGCGUCAGUCGGCAUCUCUACGUUGCUAAGACACUGGACACUGCUUUCUUUACAGCAAGGAAAAUCUGAAUUCCUCCAACACUCAGGAUGGGGAAAGAUUAUUAUUCUAUCCUGGGAAUUGAAAAAGGGGCUUCUGAAGAGGAUAUCAAAAAGGCUUACAGAAAACAAGCGCUUAAAUGGCAUCCAGAUAAAAACAAAUCUCCCCAUGCAGAGGAAAAAUUCAAAGAGAUUGCAGAAGCUUAUGAAGUGCUGAGUGAUCCCAAAAAGAGAGACAUUUAUGAUCAGUUUGGGGAGGAAGGUCUGAAAGGAGGAGCUGGAGGACCUGAUGGACAGGGUGGUACCUUCCGGUACUCCUUCCAUGGUGACCCACAUGCUACAUUUGCAGCUUUCUUUGGUGGCACAAAUCCUUUUGAGAUCUUCUUUGGAAGGAGGAUGCCUGGUGGCAGAGACACUGAAGACAUGGAGGUGGAUGGUGAUCCAUUUGGAUCCUUCACUAGUUUUAGUAUGAAUGGUUUUCCCAGGGAAAGGAAUACAGUUGGUAGCCAGUUACGUCGUAAACAAGAUCCCCCAGUGAUCCAUGAACUUAAAGUGUCAUUGGAAGAGAUCUAUCAUGGCUGCACAAAAAGGAUGAGGAUUUCACGUAAAAGGCUUAACCCAGAUGGUAGAAGUGUCCGAACAGAGGACAAAAUUCUUACUAUUGAGAUAAAAAGAGGAUGGAAAGAAGGCACCAAAAUCACUUUUCCAAAAGAAGGUGAUGAAACACCCAACACAAUUCCAGCUGAUAUUGUUUUUAUCAUUAAAGAUAAACCUCACUCUCACUUCAAGAGAGAUGGAUCAAAUAUUAUCUAUCCUCUUAAGAUCAGCUUAAGGGAGGCUUUGUGUGGCAGCUCUAUCAAUGUGCCAACGAUAGAAGGAAGAACCAUACCCAUGACAGUAAAUGAAGUUGUAAAGCCUGGGAUGAGAAGAAGAAUUAUAGGAUAUGGUUUGCCAUUUCCCAAAAAUCCUGACCAACGUGGAGACUUAAUUAUAGAGUUUGAAGUAAUUUUCCCAGAUAACAUUUCUCCAGCAUCAAAAGAAGUACUUAGGCGAAAUCUUCCAGUUUCAUAAAUGAAGACUUUGUAUGUCAACUGUUUAAAUAGGACACUGGAAAUGCAGAAGACUGGCAAGUCUGUGCUUUAAAAGUGCAAUCUGUAACAACUAGUGGAAUAUUUGUUUUUUUGUUUUUGUGGGAUGGGUGGGGGGGAAAUACUGUAAUGCUGCAUGAGAAGAAAAGGGUUAAGUACAAGUCAUACAGGUGACUUCUGCAGUAAAAUUUACAGGGAAAACCACUUAUUUUAUUUUACAUCUUCCUAAUCAGAAAAGUUUAUUCAUUAUUUUGCCUAAUGUAAAAUGUAGUUGGUUUUUACAAAGUUGGCGCAUAUUUCUGAUACAGUACUUGAGCCUCCAAGUACUUUAUUUCUUAUAUUCCUACCCUAACUAUAACAUUACCCAUUUAUACAGAAAUUGGAGAUAGUAGUAGAAAUACACAAAUGUAUAAAUAUUUUAAAGAGCAAAACAUGAAAGAUAUCAUUUUGGUAUGUUGCUUUCCACUGCACAAAGCAUAGGCUGGGAAAAUCAGCUUGGACUCCUGAACUGCCCCCCAGUGGAAUGAAAGCGUUUUCUUUAUUGCCCCAGAAUGCGUGAGGACGGCACUGCGAGGCUAGCAAAGGGCGUGUGGCUUGAGGAGCAAGAGUAGCCAUUUGCUGUGGGACAGUUCCUCAGCCUCAGGCAGAACAGCAAGAAGGGAUUCUACAAGUACAGAAACAGCAAAUGGUCAGCCUGCUGUCGAAUGGGGCAGGGAAGCUAGUGACAAAUGACAUGGAGAAGGCUGAGGUACUCAGUGCCUUCUUUGCAUCAGUCUCUAUCAGUAAAACAAGCCUUCAGGAAUUCCAGGCCCCUGAGACCAGAGGGAAAGUCUGGAACCUCAGUGGUCGAGGACCAGAUUAGGGUGCACUUAAACUAGAAGGCUGUGAGCCUGACAGGUUGCACCCCUAAGCGUUGAGGGAGCUGGCUAAUGCCAUUGCAAGGCCACUCUUUAUUAUCUUUGAAUGGUCAUGGAGAUUGGGAGAUGUGCCGGUAGACUGGAAAAGAGCAAAUAUCGCUCCUAUCUUCAAGAAAAAACAAGAAGGAAGAUUUGGGGAGCUAUAGGCCAGUCAGCUUCACCUCAAUCCUUGGGAAGGUGAUGGGGAAAAUCCUCCUGGAAAGCAUUUCCAAAUACAUGAAGGACAAGAAGGUGAUCAGGAGUAGUCAGCAUAUAUUUACAAAGGAGAUUUACCUCAUUGCCUUCUGCAGUGAGGUGACUAGCUUUGUCGAAGACAAGGGAACAGUCCAUGUUGUUUACCUUGACUUUAGUAGACAGACUGAUAAAGUAGAGGUUAGAUAAGUGGAAAGUGAGGUGGAUUAAAAACUGGCCAAAUGAGUGGGCACAGGGGGGGUGUAAUCAGUGGUACAGAGUCCAGUUGGAGGCAGGUCAGUAGUGGUGUACCCUGUGGCUCAGUACUGGGGCCAGUACUAUUCAACAUCUUCAUUAAUGACCUGGAUUAUGGGAUGGAGUACAUUCUCAGCAAGUUUGCAAAUCGUAUAAAACUGGGAGGAGUGGCUGCUAACACCAGAUGAUGUACCACCUUUCAAAGGGACCUCAGCAGGCUGGAGAACUGGACAGAGGAGUCUCACAAAGUUCAACAAGGGGGAAUGCAAAGUCUUGCUCCCUGAGGAAUAACCCAAGGCACUAGUACAUCCUGGUAGCUGACUGGCUGGAAAGUAGCUUUGCUGAGAAAGACCUUAGGGUCCUGGUGGACAGCAAACUGACUGUGAGCCAGCAAUGCACCCUUGUGGCAACAAAAGCCAAAGCUUUGCUAGCAGGCUGCAGGAGAUGAUCCUUCCUCUCUCUACUGUCAGCACUGAUGAGGAUGCAUCUGGAGUACUUUGUCCAGUUCUGGGCUCCCCAGUAAAGUAAAGAUACAAACUUACUGGAGCAGGUUUAGCACAGGGCCUUGUAUGAGAGGCUGAGAGAGCUGGAGCUCUUCGGUCUGGGGAAGAAAAGGCUUGGGAAGAUCUUAUCACUGCGUAUAAAUACCUGAUGGGAGGGAAUGAAGAUGGGGGAGCCAGGCUCUUCUCAGUAGCUCUCAGUGACAGGACUAAGAGAC